UUCAUUUUACUGAACUUUCAUAAUUUGUAACCUCGGACGCAGUUCAGUGGUCGAAAAAGUUGUGUUUUUUAAAAAGAAAGUUGAACCAUUGUAUUUGUGUAUUUACCCUACUUUAACCACUUGUGUUAUUUCUCUUGGUUUCCUUGCUACACAACACCAGAAGAGAAUCAAACCCAAGAACGAUGCCUUUCAGAUCUUCGUUGACUGUCUGCUGUCGAUGCUUGUCCUUGAUGAAUCAGUCAAGCCGGGCUCGCCCUGGCCUUUUACAACAUGGGUCCGACUUCAAAGUUAGGUUGAAACCAAUGCUCUAUUUCAUGUCCACCCAGAUGCCAGACAGUUUCUGCCUGAGAAGGGAUAACAUAACUAUGUCUUCAAAGACCAAGUUGCCAAAUGAUUUUCCAGUUAAACAUUUCCCAGUGCGAAAGGUUCUUGUGCCAGGGCUUCGUUUCUACUCUUCAAGGUCAGGAUCAGAUGGCAAGGGAACGACCUUGAACAUUCCAUGGUGGCAGAGGCUGGUGAUUGUCUCAGGCAUCGCGGGGAUCACGUACUACUUGGUGCAGGGAGCCGACCACCAGAAAGAUAUCGAAAGUGAGAAAGUCCGCUACAAAGAGUUUGACAAAGCUAAGCUUGGAGGCGAUUGGACAUUGACAGAUCACCAUGGCAACAAAAGGUCCAGCUCUGACUUCCGUGGUCAUUGGAUGCUCAUCUACUUCGGAUUCACCCACUGCCCGGACAUCUGUCCUGAAGAACUUGAAAAACUGGCAAAUAUCAUUAAGAAAUUCGACGAGGCCCCACAUUUACCGAACCUACAGCCGAUUUUCAUAACUCUGGACCCGGAACGAGAUACGCCGGCCGCCAUCAAGGACUACUGUGCAGAAUUCAAAACUCCGCGUCUGCUUGGUUUCACCGGGACGGAGGAUGAGAUCCGCGCAGUGGCUAAAAAGUAUCGUGUGUACUUCGGGAAGGGACCCAGGGAUGCGGACAAUGACUAUAUAGUUGACCACACCAUCAUCAUCUAUCUGGUGAACCCAGAAGGAGAGUUUGUGAACUACUUUGGCCGCUCGCUCAACGCUGAUCAAAUCACAGAGUCGGUGACCAAGCACAUCGACAAGUAUAACGAGCUGAAGAAAGUGGCCAAGAGUUGAUACUUUUGUUGUGGAUUGUUCAGUCUUAUUGUGUUAACCCUUUUGUAUCUUUCUAUUGUUAAUAGAGUCAGUUGUUUUAUUCGUCGGUCUGUGUAGGCUGAGCUGAUAUAGUGAAGUCCGGUGAAACCGAAAUCUGCGGGACAACCGGAUUUUUUUGGGUUUUGGUAGGUUUUUUGGCUUAGAGCUAAGAAAGAAAAAAAAUCAGAUAUUCUAGUUUCUUUUCGUUUAAAUCUGUUAUUAAAACAGAUUAAAUGUGUUCCGUUCUAGUGGACUCCUCUGUAGUUUCUUUUGUAUGAGAAAUUAUCAGUGUGUUUGCCUGUACUGCUGUUCUACAGACUUCACCAAGAGUUAAAGACCACCUUGACAGACAGCCCUGAUUUGAAAAAAAUAAGAAAAAAA